AUGAAUAUAGUUUUAAAACCCCCUCCCGGAGCCUCAACUCAUGCUCUGUACAAGGCCUUAUCUGGACUGACUGGAUACCCUAUUGAUCCUGGACAUACACCUUACAACAGACUGACUGGAUACCCUAUUGAUCCUGGACAUACACCUUACAACCGACUGACUGGAUACUCUAUUGAUCCUGGACAUACACCUUACAACAUACUGACUGGAUACCUUAUUGAUCCUGGACAUACACCUUACAACAGGCUGACUGGAUACCCUAUUGAUCCUGGACAUACACCUUACAACAGGCUGACUGGAUACCCUAUUGAUCCUGGACACACAACUUACAACAGACUGACUGGAUACCCUAUUGAUCCUGGACAUACACCUUACAACAGACUGACUGGAUACCCUAUUGAUCCUGGACAUACACCUUACAACAUACUGACUGGAUACCCUAUUGAUCCUGGACAUACACCUUACAACAGACUGACUGGAUACCCUAUUGAUCCUGGACAUACACCUUACAACAGACUGACUGGAUACCCUAUUGAUACCGGACAUACACCUUACAACAGACUGACUGGAUACCCUAUUGAUCCUGGACAUACACCUUACAACAGACUGACUGGAUACCUUAUUGAUCCUGGACAUACACCUUACAACAGACUGACUGGAUACCCUAUUGAUCCUGGAAAUACACCUUACAACAGGCUGACUGGAUACCCUAUUGAUCCUGGACAUACACCUUACAACAUACUGACUGGAUACCCUUUUGAUCCUGGACAUACACCUUACAACAUACUGACUGGAUACCCUAUUGACCCUGGACAUACACCUUACAACAGGCUGACUGGAUACCCUAUUGAUCCUGGACAUACACCUUACAACAGACUGACUGGAUACCUUAUUGAUCCUGGACAUACACCUUACAACAGACUGACUGGAUACCCUAUUGAUCCUGGACAUACACCUUACAACAGACUGACUGGAUACCCUAUUGAUCCUGGACAUACACCUUACAACAUACUGACUGGAUACCCUUUUGAUCCUGGACAUACACCUUACAACAGACUGACUGGAUACCCUAUUGAUCCUGGACAUACACCUUACAACAUACUGACUGGAUACCCUAUUGAUCCUGGACAUACACCUUACAACAGACUGACUGGAUACCCUAUUGAUCCUGGACAUACACCUUACAACAGACUGACUGGAUACCCUAUUGAUCCUGGACAUACACCUUACAACAGGCUGACUGGAUACCCUAUUGAUCCUGGACAUACACCUUACAACAGGCUGACUGGAUACUUUAUUGAUCCUGGACAUACACCUUACAACAGACUGACUGGAUACCCUAGUGAUCCUGGACAUACACCUUACAACAGGCUGACUGGAUACCCUAUUGAUCCUGGACAUACACCUUACAACAGACUGACUGGAUACCCUAUUGAUCCUGGACAUACACCUUACAACAGACUGACUGGAUACUCUAUUGAUCCUGGACAUACACCUUACAACAGACUGACUUGA